UCGCACACUAUGUCUGCAAAAAGGUGAGUGAUUACCAGCAGCAGGUUGCGAAGCAGCUUGGUGCGCUUGCAAAGCGCUUUCCCUCCCCACACACGCUAUUCCAUUUCAUGGGGGAAUGAAGUUCCUGCCAGGCGGUUCAGAGAGGGGCGUCUAUCCCUGCCAUUGCAGAAAAGGAUAGGCGUCAAGCAGUACUCGUGCAUUUGUUUGCUUUUUUUUUGGCGCUGGUUUUUGUAAAGUUGGUCUGGUUUUCGAGCACCUCUUUCCUCUUCUCUUUCCCGUUUUCUCUUCUUUUUCGUACUCGUUUUAACGACCACUUCCCCUCCUCUCCCUUUUAUCCUUCCUGCGUGACCUGCUCCAAAGAGACAUUUUAAUAUCUCUUCAACAUCCUGCUCGGCGCACACCUAUUUCCCCUCGUUCCUCACCUUUUCCUUUUUUUUUUUUUCGAACUUUCCUUUUGUAACGACCCGCUCUUUCAUAUCCAACAAUGGUCUCGUUCCUUUCCUACAUUGCCCCAGUUAUGGCUGUGUGGGCACUGUCCGUGCCGACAACCGUGGCGACCAUCGGCACCUUCGACAUCUCGAAGCAGUCGGUCACCUACACCAUCCCGAAGACCGCCCCCGGCAUGUACUUUUUGAUGUACACCGCCUCCACUGGCGGCUCGUCCUGCGCCUCCAAGUCCACUGGCGGCCAGAUUGGUGAGCCUGAGACCGCCUCCAACACCGCCGUGCCUAGCGCCUCCAAGGAGGAGCCCACCUCCAGCACCAAGGAGGAGGAGACUACAGCUAAGACUACUGCGGAUGAGAAGCCUACCCCUUCCUCUUCCCCUGCACCUGCCACCACUAAGGCCAAGUCGUCGGUUGCUGCCACCACUGAGGCUAAGAGUGAUGCCCAGGAGGCAACUGACGGUUCUGAGGACACCGAGAACACCGAGGACACGGAUGCUACCAGCGAGGAGGGCGACCUUGAGACCGAGGAGAAGUCGAGCGCCCACUCGAGCUCUGCCACUAACAAGACCUCCAAGACCAC